AUGGCGCUCAAGCUCGUGUCCAAGACAACAUUUCCUGAGAAUCUGCGGUCCAGUGCGCAGUACGCUCGGUACCUCUUCUAUAUCGGUCAGCAGCCACAACACAAAGGCAUCACAUCACCACCACACGCGCACGCACGAGUCGUUCCCUACUUUCAGGCCGCAUCAAAGCUGUCCAGCUGGAGCACUCAGACGCCCACGGCAAGCUCACCACCGUAAGCCUGCAGUUGGUGCCAUUGGAAGCCCACUUAUCCAUUCAUGUAUUGUUCGUGUGUCCCAUCAGGCAAUCCGCAAAGCUCCCCAAGGCCCCAAGGCUGCGCGGGGAUUUCGUUUGGCGGUCAGACACCGUGUGGCACUGUCACUUGACACUGGACGCGACUUCCAUUGUUGAUGUGGUUGUGCGUGGUGUCAGGCCACCAAGAUGGCAAUUGUUGUCGAGUUGCUGAUGGGUGACAUCCCUGACCGAUCCACGUUCAAUCAGGACGAACUCAAGAAGUCCCUCUCUGCCUACGAGGCCAUCGUUCAGGUGACCCCAAGACGCGGCAGACAAGAUGAGCUCGCCUGCACCCUUCGCUUCUCCUUGGUUACCUUGCCUCCAGGCUGUUCGCACAGGUGACUUGCAUUCGUUCAAGAAUGUAAUGGAUUCGAACAAGGACCUGUUCAAGAGGGACGGGACGCUCUUUCUCAUCCGCCGGCUGCAGUCUAACGUCAUCAAAGCGGGCCUGCGGCUCAUCAACCUGUCCUACAGCCGAAUCUCACUUGUGAGGCAAAUACGGAGGGGACGCCACAGACGAGAUGACACAUAUUGAGAGUCGAUAAUGAAUGGUCGCGGCUCGCGUUCUGUUUGUAGGCUGAUGUGGCAAUGAAGCUGGGACUUGAUUCGGCUGCUGAUGCGGAAGGAAUCGUUGGCAAGGUAUUCCCUGCAAAGAGGCAAGUGUGUCGAUUUUCAUGUUGACGUGUCCUUUCAGGCGAUUCUGGACGGAGUCAUCGAAGCGUCAAUUGACCACGACAAGCAAUAUGUGCAGAGCAAGGUGAUUCGUUCACAAGCUGGGCAGGUAAUAGCAGUAACACAUUUUGCUCUCGUCUGUGUAGGCCAAUACUGACGUCUAUGCUUCCGAUGAGCCACUGAAAGCCUUCCACAAGCGCGUAUACUUCUGUCUUCAGCUCCACAACGAUGCUGUCAAGGUGUGCAGUCAGAAUGACGUGGGCUGAAGCGUUGCAAUGGUGUCUGUGGUUAUUGCAGGCAAUGCAGUACCCGGACGAGGUGGGCUGUGAGGUAGUUUGUGAGCAUAGUGACAUCAUCCUUGUGGCAUGGAUGUGUGCAUGUGUGUUUCUCAGAAGACGGACGAUGCCGAAGAAGCCGAGAUACGACGGCAGAGAGAGAAGGAGAUCCUGGCACAGGUGCGAUUCGAUGGGAACGCGUCUGGUGUGCGGAAAAUCACGUGUCACUUUUCUGCCAGGCCGGCGAGGAGGAGGGUGGCGACGACAUGGACUUCUUCUGAGUGUCACACCUUAGCCUUUGCGUUGUUGCCUGAAGAAAGGACAACCACGGGAUCGUUGCGCUUUUGACAUGAAGCCCUUGUUGAAUGAACCUCGAUGACCGAAUGAACCUCGAUGACAUGAAGCCCUUGGUUCUUUCCUGUGCGCCUGAGAAGCGGUGCUCGAUGCAAUUUGACUGCACACAUUCAUAUGUGCAUCUACACCCCAUCAUGCACGCAUGUAUGUAUGAAUGUG